CAUAUGGUUGAGAGAGAGAGAGAGAGAGAGAGAGAGAGAGAGAAAGAGAAGGAAAGAGUUCCUAGUAAAGGGUACUGCACCAUUAAUGGUGCCAUGACUACCAAAAUCUUGUUCAGCAUGUUGUAGAUUCUGGUACCAGAGUUUGUAUAGGGCAUUUUUUUUCUAUGCUUAAUAUAUAUUGGACUCUUUUCUUUUUUUGUUUUUGGGUAAAAUAUUUAUGGACUUUUUUCUAUCUUAGUUUGGCCUUCGCAUUAAUCAAACUGCUGUUUUUUUUUUCAGUGGCCUACAACCCUCAUACUUUUCCGGCAGGAGGUUGGUUCGCUCUUGGACCGGAUCAAAGUAAAUAGAUAUUAAGAUGGGGAGGGGAAAGAUUGAAAUCAAGAGGAUUGAGAACACGACGAAUCGGCAAGUGACCUUCUGCAAACGAAGAAAUGGGCUGCUGAAGAAAGCAUAUGAAUUAUCCAUUCUCUGUGAUGCUGAAAUUGCCCUCAUUGUCUUCUCUAGCCGGGGCCGUCUCUACGAGUACUCUAACAACAACAGUAUAAGAAACACCAUAGAGAGGUACAAGAAGGCAUGUUCAGAUAGCACAGGAUCAACUUCUAUUACUGAAAUUAAUGCUCAGUAUUAUCAACAGGAAUCGGCAAAACUGAGGCAACAGAUUCAAAUGCUGCAGAACUAUAACAGGCACUUAAUGGGAGAUGCCUUGAGUAAUCUGACUGUGAAAGAACUAAAGCAGCUGGAAAAUAGGCUUGAACGAGGCAUGACUAGAAUCAGGUCCAAGAAGGAUGAAAUGCUGAUUGCAGAGAUUGAGUACUUGCAGAAAAAGGAGAUUGAGCUGGAAAACGAAAAUGUUUAUCUUCGAACUAAGAUAUCAGAAGUUGAGAGGCACCAAGCAAACAUGGUUUCUGUGCCAGAGAUGAAUGCAAUCCAGGCAUUAGCUUCGCGCAAUUUCUUUAGCCAGAAUAUCAUUGAGGGUGGAGGAGCUACCUUCCCACAGCAAAACAAGAAGAUUCUCCAUCUUGGGUAAUUAAUUAGCUUUUUGGAGGCAGAAUCUUCAAAUGCAGGAAAUGCUAACCUCUGUCACCUCAAUCAUCUUAAUUAUAUCCAGAUAUUACUAAUGAUGAUUUAUCUUCUCUUAUGUGUUCGGAACGAAUAUUGACUUUUUCAACAAGAUUUCUAAUUAGUAGCUUAAUUAUGUAUUUGUAAGGAUUGUAAUAUGACUUUGGGAUUAAGUACCUAGUACUACCCCGAAUAAUUUUUUUUUAAAUACUACGAAGAAUAAUUACUA